GGGCCAAAAUCAGGAUUCUGUCCUUGCUCAGUGGGACUUUGGUGACCCGACCUUGCUGAGUGGUGUGUCUCCUGCCUAGUCCAGCAGAAGCCCGGGGCAGCUGGCACCAUGGCCUUCUCCCAGGUGCAGUGUCUGGACGACAGCCAUGUCAACUGGCGCUCCAGCGAGUCCAAGCCUGAGUUCUUCUACAGCGAGGAGCAGCGGCUGGCCCUGGAGGCCCUGGUGGCCGACGGCCCUGAUGCCUUCUAUGAGGUGCUGAAGCGGGAGAACAUCCGAGAUUUCCUCUCAGAGCUGGAGCUCACGCGCAUCCAGGAGACCAUCGAGGUGUACGAUCCUGGCUCUGAGGACCCCAGGGGCACGGGCCGCCCUCAAGGGCCCGAGGAGGAUGGUGUUGGUGACAGCGAGGAGAACAGUAGGCCGGGUGGGGCGGAGGCCCCCACCGAGGCCGAGCCGCCACCCUCACUGGAGUAUUGGCCCCAAAAGUCAGACCGCUCCAUCCCACAGCUGGACCUGGGCUGGCCCGACACCAUCGCCUACCGAGGCGUGACCCGGGCCAGUGUCUACAUGCAGCCCCCAAUUGAUGGGCAGGCCCACAUCAAAGAGGUGGUCCGCAAGAUGAUCAGCCAGGCCCAAAAGGUGAUAGCUGUGGUCAUGGACAUGUUCACUGAUGUUGACAUCUUCAAGGACCUGCUGGACGCUGGCUUCAAGAGGAAGGUGGCCGUGUACAUCAUCGUGGACGAGAGUAACAUCAAGUACUUCCUGCACAUGUGUGAGCGGGCCCGCAUGCACACGGGGCACCUCAAGAAUCUCAGGGUGCGGAGCAGCGGGGGAACAGAGUUCUUCACGCGGUCAGCCACCAAGUUCAAGGGAGCCCUGGCACAGAAGUUCAUGUUCGUGGACGGAGACCGUGCCAUCUGUGGCUCCUACAGCUUCACGUGGUCAGCCGCAAGGACAGACCGGAACUUGAUCUCCGUGCUAUCUGGCCAGGUGGUGGAGAUGUUUGAUCGGCAGUUCCAGGAGCUGUACCUCAUGUCACACAGUGUCAGCCUCAAGAGUGUCCCCAUGGAGAAGGAGCCGGAGCCAGAGCCCAUUGUGCUGCCCUCUGUGGUCCCACUAGUGCCCACGGGCACUGUAGCCAAGAAGCUCGUUAACCCCAAGUACGCGCUGGUCAAGGCCAAGAGUGCUGAUGAGAUUGCCAAGACAUCCUCUGAGAAGCAGGAGGCCAAGAAGGCCCCGGGGCUGCGGGGCCCGGCGCUGCCUGAGCGGCCGGGGGACCUCCUCGAGUCUCCCCCGCUCAUCCACCCGGGGCUGCUCAACCUGGAGCGGGCCAACAUGUUCGACUACCUGCCCACGUGGGUGGAGCCGGACCCCGAGCCUGGCAGUGACAUUCUAGGCUACAUCAACAUCGUCGAUCCUAACGUCUGGAACCCGCAGCCCAACCAGAUGAACCGAAUCAAGAUCCGGGACACGUCCCAGGCUGGCGCCCAGCUGUGGAGGCAGAACCAGGACUCCAGCCCCACCUCAGGGUCCAGCACACCCCUGAAUGGGGUCCCCACUGAGAACGGCCUUCCCCAGAGUGACCCUGAGCCACAGCCCCCUGUCCCCAAGCCCAGGACAGUCCCCGUGGCAGACCUGCUUGCUCAGGAUGACAGGGGUGUUGGCUGGUCCCUAGAGAGCCCAGAAGAGGAGGCACCCCAGAAUGGGACAGACCAUGGGCUGCACAGGACGGAGGACUCAGAACAUGCCCCCCUCCAGCGGCAGCUGUCUGUGACCCAGGAUGACUCCAAUGGCGGGGAGGCAGUGAUCCCCAAUGGGCUAGAUGGGGAAGAGGAGGAAGAUGAUGAUGACUAUGUGACCCUCAGUGACCAGGACAGCGUCUCAGGCAGCUCCAGCGUUGGCCGUGGUGCCCGGCGGCCCUCGCUGGCCUCCUCUUCCGUGUCAGAUGAGUAUUUUGAGGUGAGGGAGCGCUCAGCACCUCUCCGGAGGCGACACUCGGAACUGGUGGCCAAUGGGCCAGCCCAGUCCCCCCGCCGACAGUUGAGUACCCACCACGUGACCCGAGGGACCUUUGGUGGACGCCUGGGUACCUGCCCAUGGUCUCGAGAAAGAGAGGAGACAAGCACUUCAAGGAGGAUGCACGAUAAAGAGGCACAGGGCCAGCCGUUCCACCAUUAUGGACUCUCUGCCUCUGGGACCAGGGAUAAAGAUGGCUUCCCACGACAUUUGAGAACCCCAGGGCCUCCAAGGUACCGCCCUGCUACUAACAGUGCCCAGACCUCUACCAGGAAAGUGGGCCCAGCUAUGGCAAGCUCCCACCACUGGCAGCCCAAGGGCAGCCCCAUGCCCCGCACGCUGCCUGAUUCUGGGAGCCCGAGGCUGACCCGAAACACGAACCCCCUUGCCGACAGCCGGGGCACCGAGGGGCAUCCGAGUCCUUUUGGAAUCCCAUACUCCAAACUCUCCCAGUCAAAACACCUGAAGGCCAGGACGGGCAGCGGCCACUGGGCCUCAUCUGAUUCUAAACGGAGGGUCCAGCCCCCCCGGGACCACAAGGAGCCCUAGCACUUGCCCCUGCGCCGGGAGCCAGCCACCCUCAGCCCCCGCCUCAGCCCAGACACCAUG